UACUAAUAUUAUCAAAGCUCAAAUUAGCCAAUUCAGAAGUGAUCAUCAGAAAGAAAGAAAGGAAGAAAAAGAAGUAUAUAUAAUGGCAGCCAGACAGCAACAGAAAAGACCAGGCUUCGGGGUUCAGUACGAGGAUCUUGUCCCCAAAUCCGAAUGGAAAGAUGAACCUGAAGCCACAAUUCUCACAAUUGAUCUUCCAGGUUUUGCAAAGGAGCAAGUAAAGGUGACAUAUGUGCACACCACGAAGAUGAUAAGAGUCACCGGAGAACGUCCUUUGGCUGAUCGGAGAUGGAGCCGUUUCAACGAGGUGUUCACUGUUCCACAGAAUUGUCUAGUAGAUAAGAUCCAUGGGAGUUUCAAGAACAAUGUCCUCACCAUCACCUUGCCUAAGGAGACGAUCACCAAGGUGGCUAAUCUUCCGGAAGCUUCUAAAACCGAGGCUGCAGCUCUGGAGAAGGUGGCGAGGCUAGAGGAGAAGAGGUUGUUGGAAGAAUCUAAAAGGAAAGAGAAGGAAGAGGAAGAAGCUAGGAAGAAGAAGCAGCAGCUUCUGGAAGAGAAAGAGGGGCUAAUUAGGAAGCUGCAAGAAGAAGCUAAAGCAAAGGAGGAGGCUGAAAUGAGGAAGCUUCAAGCAGAAGCUAAAGCAAAAGAAAUGGCCGAGGCAAGAAAGCUUCAAGAAGAAGUUGAAGCAAAAGAGAAAUACGAGCAAAAGAAGUUCGAGGAGAAGAAGCUUGAGGAAAUGAAGCUUGUGGAAGAAGCUAAACUAAAGAAGAUCAAUGAGAGAAAGUCUGUUGAUGUUAGUGGAGGAAAAGAGAAGAUACUACUAAAGCCAGAAGAGAGGAAGCUUCCAGAAGUGGUCUAUACAAAAUCGGGGCAUGUGUCUAGCCCCAAAUCCGAGUCUAGGUCUGGUCUCAAGCCCGGGUUAGGAGGAGUAGGCGAGGUGGUGAAAUCAGCGGAAGAAAAAUUUGGAUCCUUGGUGGAAAAGGAAAAGAAAAUGGGGAAAGGGAUAAUGGAGAAAAUAAGGAGGAAAGAGAUAACAAGUGAAGAGAAGAAGUUGAUGAUGAAUGUAGGAGUGGCUGCUCUUGUUAUCUUUGCUCUUGGAGCUUAUGUCUCUUAUACCUUUUGCUCUUCAUCUCCUUCUUCUUCAUCUUCUUCGUCGUCGUCUCCUUCUUCUUCAUCAUCUUCUACCAAACCAGAAUGAGAUCUCUUAAAAGAAGAAGUUGUGUCAUAUGCGAACUGAAAAAUGUAUAUUAUAUACUUUGUAACUGUGAUAUAUUCUGAAAUCUAAUAAAGUUUGGUGAUGUCAUGUAUUCAAGACAUGUAAUAAGCACAAAAUUCUUCUUCAA